UUCCAUGGUAUUAUGAAAUUCUCUAUAUUUAGUGUUGAUUGUUAAUCAAUCAUUGUUCGUAAAUUUUUUCUUUCAGUGGAUAAAUGAAAUGUGAAAUAAGGUCUAAGCAAAAUGUCCUCAAACUGUUUGUUAUAAGUUCUCUCAGAACGGCAGUGGUUCAUUUAUUUCCUUAGACGGAAUGGAAGGAAAGAUGAUGAGUAAGAAGACAAAAAGAAGUAGUAAUGGUGUUGAAUCUGGGGAUAGUAAAGCUGUUAUGGACGAGGAAAAUGUAGUAAAUAAUAUAGUAAGUAGACUCCCAUUGAAGUCACUAAUGCGAUUCAAGUGUGUUGCAAAACGUUGGUGUAACUUAUUCCAAGAUCCUUAUUUUAUCGAUUUACAUCUUAACCACCGAUUGAAGCCACCACUACGUCUAAGUCUUUUUGUUGUUUUACCACGACGGAGAUGUAAUAGGAAAGGUGGGAACUUGAGCAUGGACAUCGAAUUUAAGGGACGGCGAGUGGUUUUCUUGAUUGCUGACGUGUUCUUUGAUGAAAGAGGAUGGAACGGAAAAGGGAAUGUAGCAUCAACCAUUACGCAUAUUUAUAACACUACUCCGUUUUCUUAUACGCAAAUGCUAGGAGGUGUAAAUGGCGUGGUUUGUUUCGUUGACGGUUCUAUGAAUGCUGCUUGUUUGUUUAAUAUAGGUACUAGAGAAGUAACUCCGUGGAUAAAAUCAACAUUAUUGAUGGAAGAAACACAAAAUUGCAAAAACUCUGUAAGUUAUACUUGUCUUUAUAGUUUUGGAUAUGAUCCUAUAGGUAAGGAACAUAAAGUUAUCUGUAGGUGGGCGAUAAACAAGGAUAAUGGUCUUACUUAUCAAAUUUGGGAGAUACUAACCGUAGUUAGACACAACAAUGCAUGGAGAAGAAUUGAUCAAGUCCCAAUUUGUAAGUUCAGUCCGGAUUCACCUUCUGUUUAUGUGAAUGGUUCUAUCUAUUGGUAUCCCCUUAACCUUUUGAGGCGGGAUUCUAAUGUCGGAAUUUUAUUGGCAUUUGACGUUGGAAGUGAGAAGUUUAGAACGAUCAAAAUCCCUGAUUUCAUUGAGUUAGAAGAUGGUCUCUUAUUCAGCAUUAAGGAUGUUUUUUUAUUAAAUCUGCAAAAUCAUGUCUCUGUAUUACGUAGGAGUGGUUGUUACACUGCCAGGCUAUGGAUAUAUAAAGAAGAUGACAGGGGAAUGGGUAAAGUUACAGAUUCAGAUAUUGGUGGCAAGAAUCGGACUCAAAUGACUAUCGUCUUACCUGUUAGUUGGGGAACUUGGGAUGCAAGUAGAAAUCUCCUUUUUCAUUCCGCUGCUGGAACCCACCAAAUAUUAUUAGAAAUCCAUCAAAAGAAUGCCGCUGGAACUAAAGUUACUAUAUCUCUUUAUUCUUGCUGUAUUAAGGAUACAAGACUUGAGCAGAUAGAACUCAAAGAGCUAGACUCGGUUCAUGGUUGGAGAGGUACUAGACUAUGUACAUCUUUCAACGAAAGCCUUAUCCUUUAAAGAAUCAUUAAGAAGUACGUCAUUCAGCAUUUGACCGGAAGUUGAUUAGUAAGAUUUUCAUACGAACUGCAAUCUCUUGUUUGGGCGACUGAAUCGACACGGAACAGCUGAUUUGGUUAUUAUAAAGUUCGAACGAUUAAGAAAAGCAUACUUGACUGUUCAGAAAAGAAAAUUAGAAGGCUCUUAUGCUAUGGAGUAAGAAAUAUGGUGAAAAAGGUAUUUGCUGGGUUUCUUCAGAAACUUGAAGCAAUGAAUGCAGC